AACAGGGGGAGAGGAGGUGCAGGGAGGAAGUAGAGAGUUGAGUGAAGAUUAAAAUAACAUACAGAAGAGUGCAGCUAUGGCAGAAGAAUUACGGAGAUUCCUGUACAAGAAGUUAACAAGUGUUGAUGAACUCCACGCUAUUGUUGUGUCAGACAGAGAUGGGGUGCCGGUUAUUAAAGUUGCCAAUGAGAAUGCCCCUGAGCAUGCAUUGAGACCGGCUUUCCUUUCUACAUUUGCACUAGCUACAGACCAGGGAAGCAAGCUUGGCCUCUCCAAAAACAAGAGCAUCAUCUGUUACUACAGCACAUACCAGGUUGUCCAGUUUAAUCAGCUGCCUCUGGUAGUAAGCUUCAUAGCAAGCUGCAAUGCCAAUACAGGCCUAAUUCUCAGCUUAGAGAAAGAACUCGGCUCCUUGUUCAAAGAGCUUCGCCAGGUGGUGGAGAUCUCAUGAUGCAGGCAAUUGGAUUAUGGAGUCAUGUAACACUUUUUUGGGACUUCAAGUAGAAAACCAAGAUGGGGAAAAAAAAAUAUAUAAUUUUGUAAAUGCCACCCAUUUUCAGUAUUUCCAUGAUUAUAAAAUAAUUUUUCCCUUUAAGCUGAGAGGUACAAGGCUUUGUUAGUGCAAGUACAAUCCUCUUCAGCCAGCACCUCAUGCUUUAUCUGUAUGAAUAGCACGAGGCCCUUAGUUGCCUCUUGCUAAUAAAGCAAACUCAUUUACAGAAA